UCAAAGACUGAAACUAGGUCCAGCACCCGGACCGUAGACACACCGGCAAGGACACUCCAAACUGGGAUGAACGAUGGAUGCUGCCCAAACGCGCACACUGGAAUCAAGACAACACACCAGGAGCUAUCCUGAUUUUACGCUUUCUUAGACCUUCACUUCACCUGGCGCCUGUGUCGAUCGAAGCCAGCGAAAUUGGAGAAUAACUUGAUUACAAGGCUUCUACAAUAAAUUGGGAUUUAAAAAUAUAGAUUUUGAGAGCAUCUCUUCAGAAACAGGGGGACCUUUGAAUUUGGAUCGACUUACUGUUAAAAUCUACUACUGGAUUUGUAUUCAUUUUACUCAUAGGAACUUUGGAAUAAAGCAGUUUUGAAUUGCAGGUCUUCUCAGACUUGUUCAUUUCAUCAAAAAUAUCUACAUUAGGCUAUAAAUCGGCUACGCGCUCUUGAAACAAUAAGUACAACAAACUUAUUUGAAUCAAGCUUGUGGAAUUGUUGAUUGUCUCUCGAAAGCAUUGGAGCUUGGAACACGGAAGAUAUGCUUCAAUGGAACUGUUAACUUUUUCAAGAAAUCCCAGAUGGAGGUUUCCCGGUAUGAGGAGGGAAUAACCAGGAAGUCCGAAGUCCUCCGACCAGGAGCUCUGGGAAACAGAAUUUUUUGAAAGUUCCAGGAAUUUUUUAACCCUAAAAGUUCUCCUGAACGUCUGGAUCGACUGACACACACAAUCAUGGACAGAUCACUGGACCUCUGAGUGCAAUCUUCCUCUUUCUCCUCCUCCUUCCUCCUCCUCCUCUUCCUCCUCCUUCCUCCUCCUCCUCCUCCUCUUCCUUCAUCCUUUUCCUCCUCCUCCUCUUCCCAUUGAAGGUCCCACCUGGUUGCCAGAAAAUCAGUGAGACAGAAAGACAGAUCAACAAGAGGUUACAAAAAAACACAGGUUCCAACAAACCCCUCUGGUCUUUUAAUUCAUUUGGUAACCAUGACGACCACUCUUUCCCCCUCCUUAUCUGGGCACCUGGUGAACCCCCAAGUCCCCCUGCCAUCAUCGUUGAUGCUUCUGCUGCUGAUACAACUGUUUAGUUGGUGCCCGGCUGCUCCCUCAGGGCCUGAGUCAGACACCUGCUCCACUCUGAUUCAGAGCCGAUUCUUCGGCCACUUCCUGUCCUCCUCCACUUUCCCCACGGCACCCUGCUCCUGGACCCUGCAGAACCCAGACCCGCGCCGCUACACCAUCUUUAUCAAGGUAACCAAACCUACCUCCACAACGGACUGCAUUCCCCGGCAGCUCCGCACAUUCCAGUUUGACUCAUUUCUGGAGACCACGCGCACCUACCUGGGCAUGGAGAGCUUCGACGAGGUGGUCAAGCUGUGUGACUCUUCAUCCCCUGUGGCCUUUCUGGAGGCUGGGAAACAGUUCCUACAAAUGAGGAAAGGACCGCCCCGGGCCGGCGUGAAGGUCACCACCCCUAACGCUAGCGAAGAUGGGGAAUUUAAGACAGAGUACCUAGUGGUGGGGAAGCGUAACCCCAGCAUGGCAGCGUGUCAGAUGCUGUGCCAGUGGCUGGAGGACUGCCUGGCAUCCAGCACCUCUAACAGGCCCUGUGGCAUCAUGCAGACCCCCUGCCAGUGCUGGGAGCCCCCUCCUCCUCCACAGCUCAGCGAGGGGGAUGGAUGCUACAGGAACGGGUUCUACCUGGAGAACUGCCUACCCAGCUCCAAUGAGAAGAGUGAUACUGACAGCAACGGUGGCUGGAGUGUGUGGGCGGAGUGGAAGGAGUGCAGCAGUGACUGUGGAGGUGGCGUUCAGACCCGGAGCCGUACCUGUCAAUCUCCCCCGGAGGAGACAUACCUGUGUGAGGGAGUAGUGGAGGAGGGAAGGCCCUGUAACCCUCAGCCCUGCAGUGGCAAAGGCCGUCAUCUCACUCGCAGCCAAUCACUUCGCUCCGUGGACAGCCGCAAGCGUGAUGGCGGCGGUGGCGAGGUAGACAAGACGCGAGGCGGUGGCGGCGGACAGCAGGCCCCACAGACAGUGGACCAGACUGCGUCAGGUGAGGAGUGGUCGUCGUGGAGUGUGUGUUCGGCCACAUGCGGUGAGAGCUGGCAGAGCCGCACGCGUUUCUGUGUCUCCUCCUCCUACAGCACCCAGUGCAGCGGCCCGCUCCGAGAGCAGAGGCCCUGCAACAACUCUGCCGUCUGUCCAGUGCAUGGGACUUGGGAUGAGUGGUCGCCAUGGAGCUUGUGUUCGUCAACCUGCGGCCGUGGUUACCGGGAUCGCACGCGAAGCUGCAAGCCCCCUCAGUUUGGGGGAGACCCCUGUAUGGGGCCGGAGAAGCAGACCAAGUUCUGCAACAUCGCUGUCUGCCCAGUUGAUGGGGUGUGGAAUGAGUGGGCUAAUUGGGGUUCAUGCUCUGCGUCCUGCUCCAACGGGACCAUGCAGCGGAUCAGGGAGUGUAACGGACCUUCGUACGGAGGAUCAGAGUGUCGCGGGGAGUGGAUAGAGACCAGAGACUGCUUCCUACGGGAGUGCCCAGUGGAGGGGAAGUGGCAUCCUUGGACGUCGUGGGUGGGCUGCACCAAGACAUGUGGCGGGGGGAGCCAACACAGACAGAGGAUUUGCUAUGGGCCCUUCUUUGGGGGUGAAAAUUGUCCUGGAGAUCGGGAGGAGGUGCGACGCUGCAAUGAGAAGCGGUGUCCAGAACCUCAUGAGAUCUGUGCAGAGGAGAACUUCUCCAAUGUAGUGUGGAAAAUGACUCCAGCAGGGGACACAGCGGCCGUACGCUGCCCUCCCAAUGCAAAUGGGCUGAUCCUGAGGCGGUGCACCCUGGAUGAUGAGGGAAUAGCCUACUGGGAGAACCCCACUUAUAUGAAGUGUAUCUCCAAUGACUACCGCAGCAUCCAAACACUGACUCGGGAACACCUGUCCAAGGCCCAGCGGGGGCUUGUGGGGGAUGGAGUUUCAGAGGUGAUGACCAAGCUCAGGGUGACGUCCAGCGAUGGGACCAGCUACAGCGGAGACUUGCUGGCCAUAGUGGACGUACUGAAGAACAUGACAGAGAUCUUCAGAAGGGCCUACAACAGCCCCAGCAAUGCAGACAUGAGAAACUUUGUCCAGUCAGUCAGUAACCUGCUGAUGGAGGAGAACAGAGAGAGAUGGGAAGAAGCACAACUGUUGGGUCCUAACAUCAAGGAGCUGUUCCGGUUGGUGGAAGACUUUGUGGACGUCUAUGGUCUUAGGAUGAAAGACUUCCAGGACAUGGUCGAGGUCACGGAUAACUUAGUUCUGUCCAUCCACAAGCGUCCGGUGGCAGGUAAUGCCGAUAUCACCUUCCCUAUGAAGGGCUGGAAGGGGAUGAUGGACUGGGCCCGCAGCUCUGAGGACAGAGUUACUGUCUCCAAGAACAUCCUCUCCACAGAGCAUAUGUCCAUGGAGGUNGAUGACUUGUCAGCGUUUGUCACCGGGAUCGUUCUCUACAGAAACCUGGGCAGCAUCCUAUCUUUACAGAGAAACAGCACCGUGCUCAACUCCAAGGUGGUGUCUGUGACCAUCAAGCCUACCCCAGGAUCCCUCUCUACCCCAGUGGAGGUCCAGUUCUCACACCUUUACAAUGGCACCACAAACCAGACCUGCAUCUCCUGGGACGAGAGUGACACCUCAUCGCUGCUUGGAUCGUGGUCUGCCAGGGGCUGCAGAGCCGUGCCUAUCGACUCAUUCAGCACCAAAUGCGUGUGUGACAGACUCUCUACCUUCGCCAUUUUAGCACGGCUAAAUCCUGACAUGAACAUGGAUAAAAUGCAGCUUCCCUCUGUGACGCUGAUGGUGGGCUGUGGAGUCUCCUCUCUCACCUUGCUGCUCCUCAUCAUCAUCUAUGUGUCGGUCUGGAGGUACAUUCGCUCCGAGCGCUCCGUCAUCCUCAUCAACUUCUGCCUCUCCAUCAUCUCCUCCAACGCCCUCAUCCUCAUUGGUCAGACGCAGACACGGAACAAGGUGAUCUGCACGCUGGUCGCUGCUUUCCUGCAUUUCUUCUUCCUGUCGUCGUUCUGUUGGGUGCUGACAGAGGCGUGGCAGUCAUACAUGGCCGUGACUGGCCGGCUGAGGAACCGCAUCAUCCGCAAGCGAUUCCUGUGUCUGGGCUGGGGUCUACCUGCUCUGGUUGUGGCAGUCUCUGUGGGUUUCACCAAAGCUAAGGGAUAUGGCACCGUCAACUACUGCUGGCUGUCUCUGGAAGGUGGUCUGCUUUAUGCGUUUGUGGGACCGGCUGCCGCUGUAGUCUUGGUUAACAUGGUUAUCGGGAUUCUCGUAUUUAACAAACUGGUGUCCAAAGACGGCAUUACUGAUAUGAAACUGAAGGAGAGGGCAGGUCAGAUGACAGUACCACUGUACAAUAUGACGCUCAAAUGUGCCAAGUGCGGAGUUAUCUCGUCGGCUGACGUUUCUACCACAGCUACCAGUAACGCCAUGGCGUCGCUGUGGAGCUCCUGUGUGGUUCUGCCUCUCCUGGCCCUCACCUGGAUGUCUGCUGUCCUGGCCAUCACCGACCGACGCUCCUCCCUCUUCCAGAUCUUGUUCGCUGUGUUUGAUUCGCUGGAAGGCUUCGUCAUCGUCAUGGUGCAUUGCAUCCUGCGCAGAGAGGUUCAAGAGGCAGUGAAGUGUCGGGUAGUGGACCGCCAGGAGGACGGGAAUGGAGACUCAGGGGGAUCUUUCCAGAACGGACACGCUCAGCUUAUGACUGAUUUCGAGAAAGACGUCGACAUGGCUUGCAGAGGAGGUAAGAGUACCGGCAAAAAAAAGAGUACUCUGAAGCGUUCCUCUCUCCAGGGUGAUGAGAAGCCAUCCUCCCAGCCCCUGACCCUUCAGAAGGGCUCUAACUUCAACACCAUGCCUGCCAGCAUGGCCAAGGUCCACCUCCAGAAUGUGGCAGACUACCCCAGUCAUACUCUCACCCUGCGCAGGGAGAAGGGUGGUGCCACCAAGGGCAUCAGCACCGAGCUGCCGGGAGCCAAGUCCAUCUACAUCUGUGACGGGGAGCUCUUUAAACAGCUGGAUGGGGAGCUGUCUCCACAGGGGACAGGGGAGGCCGGGGGGCCUGAGGGCACAGGGUACAUCAUCCUGCCUAACAACAACAACACUGGCACCCUGGGGCGGCCCGGAAAGGGCAGCAAGGAGGACACGACGGCCAAGUACAACAUCAGCAUUGAGCAGCAGAUGCCCCAGACCAGACUCAUCCACCUGGCCAACUCGGCAGGGGUGGAGGGCGUCCCGGGUUUCGCGCUGAAGAGCCUGCCUGCAGACUUGGUCAGUGUCUCCUGCUCGGAGAGGGAGUCGCCCGUCCACAACAUGCAGAACGUCUCCGGAGAAUCCCACAUGACCAACAGCAUGUGUGAACAGGGUGAUUCUGGGAACUCUGGAAUGAUGUCCAAGAGCGAGACCGUGUCCACGCUCUCCAUGAGCUCCCUGGAGAGACGAAAAUCCCGCUACGCAGAGCUGGAUUUUGAGAAGAUCAUGCACACACGGAAGCGUCACCAGGACAUGUUCCAGGACCUGAACAGGAAGAUCCACAGUGCAGACCAGGACAGGGCGUCUCCGCCUGGCGAUGGGAAGGCAGGGAAGAGGUGGAGUGUGUCCUCAGCAGGCAGCGACAAGACCAUCAUGAGCGACAAGCAGCAGACACCCAGUAAGAGAGCCUGGGAGGGCAUCAGGAAGACCCAAUCUCCUCCAUCUUGGAUGAGGAAGGAACUGGAGCCCUUGGCGGCCUCUCCCCUGGAGCUGCAGAAUGUGGAGUGGGAGAAGGCCAGCGCCACCAUCCCUCUGGUGGGACAGGAGCUCAUGGACCUGCAGACAGAGGUGUGAGACUGAGACAGAGAGCAGCCAACCCCGUCCCCCAGCCCAGCUCUCAGACAGACAGACUUCGUCCCUUCUCGCAGCUCCACAUCUCAAUCUGGGAACCAACGACCAACGAUCAAUGACCAACGAAACGGGCAGUGGUGAGAGAGAGAGAGAGAGAGAGAGAGAGAGAGAGAGAGAGAGAGAGAGAGAGAGAGAGAGAGAGAUAUAGAGAGGAGAGAGAGAGAGAGAGAGAGAGAGAGAGAGAGAGAGAGAGAGAGAGAGAGAGAGAGAGGAGAGAGAGAGAGAGAGAGAGAGAGAGGCUCCUUUAUGUUAGGACCCAACUAAGAGAGAGAGAAGGAAAGAGAGAAGGGACAAUGGCCUGUUAAAUGGGGGGGAAGAGAACAGGUUUGCAGUGCAUUUUGUUAAAUUUUCUUAUUGCUGCUGGAAUCAGUUUUUUGUUUACUAUGUCAGAAAGUCAUAUAUCUGGUCUGUUAUUAUUCACAUUAUUACUUCACUGGACACAUACUUGAGUCCCUCUCUCCUCCUGGUAGAUCUCUGUGGAUGGUUAGCCAUGUUUGGUAUUUGGGUGGUGUAGGUAGUGUAGAUUAAAAGGACAGACUGCAACUGCCUAUGGACUCACUUCACCAGCCUGCUAACAGAUCACCUGGACCAGCCAUACAGUUCAUGUUCCAACCAAGCCUUUAGGCAAUGGACCUGGUCUGGACAAGACCUUCACCCAACAUACAGUUCAUGUUCCAACCAAACUACAUGUCCAGUACAUGUCCCAAACACGCCUAGGCAGUGGAGGAGGCAGACUGCUGGACCAUAACCAUGUGCCUCUCCAUGCCAACUAAGAGCCCCCCCCCCCCCCCCCCCCCCCCCCCCACACUCCACUGCAGUGUCCCCACCCCCUUGACAGGAAGGGAGCAGACCGAUGACAUCACAGUCAGUCAAAGGGUGGAAAACCCUCCCAUUGGUGGGGGCCAUAGUGACAUCAGCAUAGACCAACAAGGAUGAGAUAUCUCAUUUGCGGAUGCCCUUAAUGACAUCACAGAAAGCCGAGAUGGCCAUAUCUCGUUGGUGGAAGCUUCUAUAACCUCAGCAGAAGCCAAGGAGACAGUGUUUUGAUAUGUUGAUUGGUUGCUUGGUGUACAAGCAGGCUUGGUACAUUUGUGGCAAAUAUAAUUCUGCUUGUUCGGUAAAUGCAGGUGGUAAAAAAUGAAGGAUACUCAUGUCACAAAGUAUAUAAAGAAUUAUGCUUAAUAAUGACAAUGGAAAUGAAUAAAUAUAAAAAUAUAUAUGAUAAAUACUGUAUAGGACAUGACAGAGGUUGUGACUGCAGUAUGGGGUUAGGAUUAGUUGCACACAGAGAAAGCACAAGGCUCUUUUGGAGUCCUGUUGUACAGCAAUGUAAUUACUUCAACAGAGUUCUACAGAAUGAAUUUUAGCCUAUAAAUAUCUUUCUUACUGUGCUUGGGGAUUAUUGUUCUCAUUAUUAUAAUUAUGGCACCCUAUUCCCUAUGUAGUGUACUGCUUUUGACCAGGUCAAAUGACAGGAAUUAACACCAGGUUAAAAGUAGUGCACUAUAUAGGGAAUAGGGUGCCAUUUCGGACACAUCUUAUGAUUCCCCUCCCAUCCUUUUCAGGGUACUGGAAUAUGAGUGUUCUGUAACUCCAUGUAACAGUGUGUGUUUUGGUAUCACUGACUGUCACUCCUUCCUCAGAUCUGUACGUGUCUGACAUGAACCCUGGCCUCUGUCCCCUGACCUUUAACCUCCACUGCCCCUCCACCUUUUUAGUUCACAGGGGUUGACUCUUUGUUAAUGUACAGUUUUCAGAGCACAAAAUGAAUGUGUCACAUUUCUAAUAAAAGUAUAUCUAUAUAAUAAAC